AUGUGGCCGCGUCUGCAACUCGUCAUUCUUUUCUGCAUUCUUGUCUGCUGUUUGGUCUCCCUGGCACUCCUGGUGGUCCUUUGUGAUCUGGGGCUGGGCUCAAAGGCUCCCAAAGUUAUCCGAGCUUCCGGUUCCCUACCACAGCGUGACGUGGCGUGGCUGGCCUGGAAGCAUCAACUCAAUAUCUCCUUCUAUACGAUUGAGGAGGAGUUCUACCGAUAUGGUGUCUGGCGUAAGAAUAUGGAGUUUAUUAAGCAGCACAAUGCUGAGUAUGCAACUGGCGCGAAACUCUACCGAAUGCGCGCAAAUCAGUUCACACACAUGGAGCAUUGGGAGUUUGUGGAACGACAUCUGCGCAGUCGCGUUGAUGAUGCCAAUGAUCUGCAGGAUUAUAAGUAUGCUGUUGGAAAUGAGACCCUGGCGUCGGAUAAAGCCUAUGCAGAAGCAGACUGUUCCAGCACGCCAACGGACUGGAGACGUCUUUCUUCCGGUAGUGUGAUUAAAAAUCAGGUAGGUGAAAUAAAAAUGCGCCUUAAGGAUACUUUUGUGGAGGCAUUACGCUUUGCAAAUUACGGAGGAAAUAAAAAUGCAGUGGGAAAGUUUACUACACAGUAA